AUGACGGACCUGGCCAUCUCUCCGGCGGUGUUAGCCGUAUGUGACCGCUUCGACGCCGCCAACGACCUCGUGCUCGAGCACGUUAACGCAUUCCUGGACUUAUCCCCCAAGUGGACUUUAAUGCGUGCAGCAUUAGCUGGACACUUGCACCUCGUACAACGGGUAAGUCGACGCAAUCCGAAGAAGUUCCAGCGCUGCUGUCAAGAGGCCAUGGAUUCAGCCGCUGAGUUUGGCCACUUGGAGGUGGUGCAAUGGCUACACACGAACCGUCGCGAGGGCUGUACGACGGACGCCAUGGACAUGGCAGCCUGUAACGGCCACUUAAAGAUCGUUCAGUGGCUGCAUAAGAACCGAACAGAGGGCUGCACUACCAACGCCAUUGACUUUGCAGCGCAACUCGGCCACUUGGAGGUGGUGCAGUGGCUGCAUUUCAAUCGAAAGGAAGGAGCCACCCACUACGCUAUCGACAAUGCCGCAACGUACGGACACUUGGACGUGAUCCAGUGGUUGUAUGCACAUCGAGAUGAAGGAUGUUCUCAGUCGGCGGUGGUGAACGCCAUCAAUGCAGGACACGACGACGUGGCCAAGUGGCUGGCAGCCAACUGUAAGAAUAUCUGUAUGGGCAAGAUAGGAUUCGUUGAGUAUUUGGCACGACGAGGCUACUGGGAUGUCGCCGCUUUGAAGGACAAACACCCGUUUUUGAAAGAACUAGUCGACGAGCUGGUCCUCACGGAUAGUGAAGAAGAAGAUCAGCAAGAAAGCUUACGACAAGCGCAGGAGGGAGAUUUUUUAAGGCGGUAG